UGUGUGGUCAGGUGCGAGCUGGACCACAACCAGUGCUACUGCGGAUGCAUGCUGACGACCACUCAGAGGAAGCACAACUGGGACACUUGCAUCGUGCGAAGCCAGUGCACCAAUGCCACCUGCAGUGAGUGCGGCACGGACGACGAGGGCUGCGCGGACAUGUGUCGGAUGAAUUGCGAGUGCGGCUGCGGCGGGCACCCCCGGGGCGGCAUGGACCACGACGUGUGGAAGGCGUGCAACCAGGCGAGGAAUUGCCGGGGGGACUUCGAGGUGUGUAGGGAGAGCUGCAGAGGGAACAAGGACUGUGUGGUGAGGUGCGAGCUGGACCACAACCAGUGCUACUGCGGAUGCGUGCACACAGCCCUGGCGACCACUCAGAUGAAGCACAACUGGGACACUUGCAUCGUCCAAAGCCAGUGCAAGGAGGUGACCUGCAGCGAGUGCGGCCCGGACGACAAGGGCUGCGCGGACAUGUGCCGGAUGAACUGCGAGUGCGGCUGCGGCGGGCACCCUCGCGGCGGCAUGGACCACGACUUGUGGAAGGCGUGCAACCAGGCGAGGAAUUGCCGGGGGGACUUCAUGGAGUGCAGGGAGAGCUGCAGAGGGAACAAGGACUGUGUGGUCAGGUGCGAGCUGGUCCACAACCUGUGCUACUGCGGAUGCGUGCAGACGGCCCUGACGACCACUCAGAGGAAGCACGACUGGGACACUUGCGUCGUGAAAAGCCAGUGCCACAACAAGACCUGCAGCGAGUGCACUGGAGCUUACGGACUCUGCGCGGAGAGAUGCGCCCGGAGGUGCGAGUGCGGGUGCGCUGGUCAUCCCCGGAGCGACCUGAGCGGCGAGUGGGAAGAGUGUUUCGUCGGCACGCAGUCCUGCGAGGAGGCGCACUCAGAUUGUUUGAAGGGGUGCCACGAGCAGAAGUGCGGGAGCAGGUGCGAGCUGGACUUGAUAAAGUGCAGGUGCGACUGCCGCUCUGCCACAGAGGCGGAGUGGCUCAUGUGGACCGAGUGUAAGGAAAAGGACGAGUGCGGACGCAAGACCUGCAGUGAGUGCGGCGAGGACGACAUGGACUGCGCCCACAGAUGCCAGCGCAACUGCGAGUGCCACCGCUGCCUCGGCAUCGCCGCGGACAACAUGGACGACCUCUCGGUGCAGGAGUGCAAGAUCAAGAGCGGGUGCCACAUCGCGUAUAAAAAGUGCCAGGAGAAGUGUAAAGCAGCCGAGGGCGACGAAGAGUGCGAUCACUCGUGCCUCCUAGCCUCGGAGAAGUGUCACUGCAAGUGCGCCCAGACCAGCGCGACGGAGACCAGCGAGGGUGAGAGACGAGAAAUCAUCCAGCACUGCAACUACCUCGGUUAGAUGUUGAACGAGGUGGGUGUACCAGAACAAACGACGCGCUCUCUUGGGCCGCAGGGGGCCACGCACGGAAAAAAUAAAUAAAAAUAGGUUCGGUGCUAAUCGAUUUAGCAGGCAAAUUUGGCACUCUUGUCAAAAAAGUAGCAAUAAAAUAAAAUAUUUAGCUGUACUGCUAAAUAGUAUUCGCGAUACAGCUAAAGUUUAGCACUGAAACUAAAAAAAUUACCUGGGCCUAUGCUGACAAAUUUUUUGCAUCAGUGCUAAAAAAAAUAGCUAAGGUGUUUUUUGUUUUUUGUUUUUUGUUUUUGUUUUUUUUUCCGUUCCGUUCCGUGCCUUACGGGCGGAGGGAGUGGCAAGCCCGCGACACAACUUGCGGGGGUUCGUUGUGGACACCCGGUGCACGAGAGGCUAUUUCUGGAGUAAUUAAACGACUUUUAAUUAGUCA